CUGGCAUGUUGUCCCCAAUGCAGGCUCCAGACAGGCAUGCGUGGUGCCUUUGGAAGGCCCCAGGGCACGGUGGCCCACGUCCACAUUGGCCAAGUCAUCAUGUCCAUCCGCACCAAGCUGCAGAACAAGGAGCAUGUGAUUGAGGCCCUGCACAGGGCCAAGUUCAAGUUCCCUGGCCGCCAGAAGAUCCACAUCUCUAAGAAGUGGGGAUUCACUAAGUUCAACGCAGAUGAAUUUGAAAACAUGGUGGCAGAAAAGAGGCUUAUCCCCGAUGGCUGCGGGGUCAAAUACAUCCCUAAUUGCGGCCCUCUGGACAAACGGCGGGCCCUGCACUCAUGAGAGCCUUGGCAGCGC